AUGGGAUCGACGCGUUCUACGGGCGCACACUAUUCCUCAGUGCUAGCCCCAUCAGCCCAGGAGAUCAUCAGAUCGCAGCCCCGUCUACAACCCUCACCGCUACCACUCCAGCCCAUUCAGAACCCGUCGUCCCAUCCGUCCUCGGGCCCGCACAGGCCAUCACCGACAAAAGGACUUCACCCCCAGGGCUCGCAUCCGCGGCACGGAAAACUCGGUUUCAUCCCCAUAUCUGCUCCUACUCCUCCCAUGUUUACUACCGACUCCCCAGCCAAGAAAGCGCCAUUCCCCCUCUAUUCUACAACCUCCAUGCCACACUCUGCUCUCUUCACCACAUUCUCCAGCAUCAAUACCGAAUCAUCAAAAGAAAACCACCUUCCCGAAGAGCCAUCCAAUGACAGUUUCGCGGACUUCCCAGAGCCGUCUUAUGAAUCCAAACUUCCGAUGAAGCGCACACUCAUGGAAGCUGCGCCGCUGAAAGAGCGCUCUAAUAAGAAACAAAAGCGUGACGACGCGCCGGUCGCUUACCUGCCCGAACCGCACGAUAUGCCGCCAGUGGAGGAUGAUGGCACCAAGCCUCCGUACAGCUAUGCUACCUUGAUCGGAAUGUCAAUUUUGCGCGCCACCAACCGGCGCUUGACGCUAGCGCAAAUUUACAAGUGGAUCUCCGACACCUUCUCAUACUACAAAAAUAGCGAUCCGGGUUGGCAGAAUAGCAUCCGACACAAUCUCAGUCUCAACAAGGCAUUCAUUAAGCAAGAGCGACCCAAGGAUGACCCUGGCAAGGGCAACUACUGGGCCAUUGAGCCCGGUAUGGAGGCACAAUUCCUCAAAGACAAGCAACGCCUCAGAGAGAUCUUAUUGCUCAGUCGCAAACUGCAAGUACCACGACCUGGAUGGUACCACCGCAGCCUGCUUAUAACGCGCCACCUCAUCACGCGCCUACCCCCCAGGCCGGCCCCAAAUGACUUGUCUUCGGAUGCUACAUUACCUGCGUCUGACCCUGCUCUUCAAGAUGAUGCCGAUGAAGUUGCUCCGGUGCCUGCCCCACGCGCAGCGCCUCGUUCUUCCCCGCCAGCUAUUCGGUCAUCUCCUCCAAUCGCUCCUCCCCGAUUCGCCCGCCAGGGUACCCCUCCAACCCCCACGCAAUCCAACCCUACCCCCGCGCCUCGCCCGCGCAAGCGCAAGUCGAUUACUAUGAAUGACAGUGGUUAUUUCUCCUCCUUGGAGUCAUCAGCUCUCAGACCUAACAAGGCUGGGCAUAUCUUGACAUCUGAUUUGGAUAUCGAGCCUCCGCGCAUCAAGCGCGGCCGUGCCGAAGAAGAGAUUGCGCGCAUGCGCAGCUCAUCUCACGAUAUUAGCCCUGGUCAGCCAGCAGCUCGCAAAAACCCCAACCCACCUAUUGGUUCAUCGCCUCUCCGCAGUCAGUAUGUGAGCAUGCAGCCGCCUCCGUUGACACCUAUCAUCAAGUUCAAGAAGCCUGCCAGGCCGCCACCAUCUGUGUCUCCAAAUACCAAUUUGCGAAACCAUCGCCGAAAGAUCCAGCAAAUGGUCAACUCGCCUAUCAAACAUUUAGGCCUUUCUGAGGAUGCUCUUCCUUGGAGCCCGGCUUUCAAUCUCCAGGACGAGGCCUACACCCCUAAUGACCAUUUCCAUACCUCCUUUGAUGUUUUCGCGGAUCCUGGAUCGGCACAGAUAUCCUACGGAUCUCCCGAGAAGCGCUCAGUCAAACGCCCGCGAAACGACAGUGGCAGCACUGUACUUUCGGACAUUACUUCGGUGAACAUCAAUACCCGACUGGGUGUGCCCUCGUUGUCCCGUUCCAAGUCCGCAAUCUUCCCCGAGUCGCCGUCUAAGCUCCCAGACACGAGCCGCUUUGGAGAUGCUGGCCAGGAAGAUUUCUUCUCGUUCCAUCUCUUCGAUGAGGGCAAUGACAGCUCAGGUGAAGUCGAUGGUGUUGAUCUCUUGCAAGGCUUCCAAAAGAUUGGAGGCGUGAGCAAGGAUGACACCCUGAAGCCCAGGGCGCUUCAUCGACCACAAAUGGGCCGAACCAAUACGACCUUGUUUUAA